AUGGAGGCCUCUACAGAUCUUCGGGACACAGCCUCUUUAACUCUGAAGUUUGACUUUAACCCAAAGCUGGGGAUUGAUAAUCCUGCCCUCUCCUUGACUGAAGAGCAUGACUUCCCUGAUUCCUGGAACCUGGAGCAGCCUCGCUUCUGCCUGCUGACCAAAGAGGAGGGCAAGAGAUUUGGCUUCCAGCUGCAGCAGGAGCCAGGCGGAACCGGGCAUGUGGUAGGCGGGGUGGAUCCGGGCAGCUCUGCACAGCAGCAGGGUCUUCAAGUAGGAGACCGGAUCCUGGCGGUGAACUGUGAUGUCGUGGAACACGAAGACUAUGCAGCGGUGGUCCGCUGUAUCCGGGCCAGCGGUCCUCGGGUGCUGCUGACAGUCUUGGCACGGCACGUGCACGACGUGGCCCGAACUCUGCAGGGCGACAAUGUUCACUGCUGUCCUUGCCUCGGCCCAGGGGUCCGGCCCCGGCUGUGCCACAUAGUGAAAGACAAGGGUGGCUUUGGUUUCAGCGUCACCCACGGAGAACAUGGUCCUUACUGGCUGGUGCUGAACUCAGGUGGAGCAGCUGAGCGGGCAGGGGUGCCCCCUGGUGCCCGACUUCUGGAAGUGAACGGCGUCAGUGUGGAGAGGAUCGCUCAUAGGCAACUCAGGAAGCUUUGGCAGCAUGGAAAGCAUGUGACCCUGCUGGUGGCAGGGCCAGAGGUGGAGGAAAAAUGUCGCCAGCUUAGAAUGCCAUUGGCUGCACCUCUGGCAGAGGGCUGGGCACUGCCCACCAGGCCCCGCUGUCUACAUAUAAAGAAAGGGCCUCAAGGCUUUGGGUUCCUGCUUCGGGAGGAAAAGAGCCUUGGUGGUCGCCAAGGGCAUUUUCUGCGAGAGGUGAACAGAGGACUGCCUGCUGAGGAGGCUGGGAUGCAGGCUGGGGACCGGCUGGUGGCCGUGGGUGGGGAGAGCGUGGAGGGGCUGAGCCACGAGGAAACAGUGUCCAGGAUCCGAGCACAGGGCUCCUGCAUCUCCCUCAUUGUCGUUGAUCCUGAAGCUGACCGCUUCUUCAGCAUGGUCCGCCUGUCCCCACUCCUCUUUUUGGAAGGCACAGAGGCACUUGCCUCUCCUGAGGACACUCUCUCAGCCCCAUUGGUUGAAACCAGUGGCCUGCCACCCGAAGACACACCUGUCCUCCCUGCCCUGUCUGGCUCUAAACGGUGCUUUCUGUACCCUGGGCUUGGCGGUGGCUACGGCUUCCAGCUCAGCUGUGGGCCCGAGGUGCCUAUUGUCAUCUCCCAGGUGACCCCAGGAAGCUCAGCUGCCUGGGCUGGACUGCAAGCAGGGGAUGUGAUCCUGGAGGUGAAUGAGCAUCCUGUGGGUGCAGAGAAUGACCCAGCAAGUCUUCGGAAACUUUUUGAAACCAAACCACCCCUCUGCUUGAAGCUGGCAGCCAGGACUCAGCAUGGCUGGGAAACCUGGACUCAUUCAAAGUCUAGAGAGGACUGUGCUCCAGCCACAACCAUACUAUAG